GAGAGGUAGGUAGCGAGGGGGAGGGCGAGGAGAAGGGGGGAGAGAUCGGAUACAGCGAGAGCAGAAGUGUUUGCGUCUGCCAGACGGACAGACCGAGCGAGGCAGCCGCUCCCGCGAAGCUCUCCUGCACCGGCGCCUGGGAGGUGAAGCGGGCGGUGCUCGCUCGGGGAAGAGACCCUUUAGCCGGCCGGUGCCCGGUGCCCGGUGAAGAGACCCCGGACCCUGUUACCCAGUUUAGGGUGCCCGGUACCUGUUGUCCAGUGCCCGGCUCCCGCAUCCCCUGUGCUCGAUUACCCGGUAUCCAGUGGCCGGUCGGUUCCCCGGUAUCCAGUGGCCGGUUCCCCGGUAUCCAGUGGCCGGUCGGUUCCCCGGUGUCCAGUGGCCAGUGGGUUCCCCGGUGUCCAGUGGCCGGUGGGUUCCCCGGUGUCCAGUGGCCGGUGGGUUCCCCGGUGUCCAGUGGGUUCCCCGGUGUCCAGUGGCCGGUGGGUUCCCCGGUGUCCAGUGGCCGGCCGGUUCCCCGGUGUGGUGAUGGGGUGGCGGGGCAGUGGUGCCGCUAGCUUGGCGCUGGGACUCGGGGCGCUGCUACUCCUCGCCGCGGCGCUGGGCACCGACCACUGGUACGGCACCGACACCCGGCGGCACCGGCAGGGCUGCGGCGGACGCCUGAUGCCGCUGCGGGAACCCGAGCCCCCGGGCGCCGCCGCCGCAGCUGCUGCCCCGCCCGACAACUGGCGCUCCGGCCCCGGUCUCCUGGAGUCGGACUGUGCGCGACCGCUGUUCGCCACCCACACCGGGCUCUGGAGGAGGUGCUACUACCUGGGAGUGGACCCCGACAUCGACCACCUGGUCUCCAGAGGUAUUGCGCAGAGAUGCACAGCUGUCAAAUACCACUACUCACAGCCCAUGCGUCUGAGAAACAUUCCCUUCAACCUGACCAAGACCAUCCAGCAGGAUGAGUGGCAUUUACUGCAUCUGAGGCGGAUCACGGCGGGGUUCCUUGGAAUGGCUGCUGCCGUCCUGUUCUGCGGCUGCAUCGUGGCUGCCAUGAGCUUCUUCUGGGAGGAACACCUCACUCAGCAUGUGGCCGGUCUCCUCUUCCUAAUGGCAGGAAUCUUCUGCACCAUCUCUCUGUGCACCUUUGCCGCCAGCAUUUCCUACGACCUGUCGCGCCAGCCGCGGUUUAUCUACGGGCUCCCCCGCGACGUGGACCAUGGCUACAGCUGGUCGAUUUUCUGUGCCUGGGGUAGUCUGGGGUUGGUGAUGACAGCAGGCUGCCUGUGCACAGCCUUUCCCUUCCUCGACAGAAAGAAGACAAUGCAUCAGAAGUCCAUCAGAGAUUCCUCGGUCUGAAAACAUGCUGUACACACUGAUGUUACCCUCAGCACAACCAACGUUCCUCCAGUCCGGUCUCACGUUGGAGAUGAGACGUACGAUCAUGUUUUUGUGAUUCUCUGUAGGUUUUACCACGGAUUAUUACUUAUGAUAGGU